AUGCCAGGCGCCCAUCCCGAUGCUCUCAACGACAGCACACAGACGACCACCCCGCCCUCCUUUCCUCCCAUCCCUCCCUCCGCCCCUCACGCACUUGUCGAACCCGCACAGCCCCCUCCCUCUCGCCCUCCCGCCUCUCCCAGCCCCUCCCAGCGCCGCAUAACCCCCUCUACAGCUUCCCAAGUCGACGCACUUUUCCACCGCUGGACGACCGCUGUUUCAGCGCGAUUUGGGUCGAGCUCUGUGUCGAACGGAAGACGGAGUGGAGACGAGGAGGAGGAGGAGGAUCCGCCGCUGGAUAAGGACGAGGAGAUGGAUGUUUGGAGGAGUGUGUUUGAGCCUCUCCGUCCCGAGGCUGGAGAGGGAAAGGAGGAAGGGGAGAAAGGGCGGGAUCAGGAGGAAGAGGUUGGGCUGGGGAUAGGACAUGGGCCGCCGAUGAGCCAUGAGGACUUUGACCAACUCGUCUCCUCCGUCCGGCUCGCGAUCUCACAAGGCACGCACCCUUGCCUGAACGCCAAAGGGUCGUCAGGGUCGUACUUCGCUCGCGCGCCGACGGGGGAGACGGUUGGCGUGUUCAAGCCGGCGGAUGAGGAGCCGUACGGGACGUUGAAUCCGAAGAUGGUCAAGUGGAUCCACCGAAACUUCCUGUCGCGCGUGAUCCCGUUCGGUCGCGCCUGUCUCGUCCCGCGCCAAUCCUACCUGUCCGAAUCCGCCGCCUCGAUCCUCGACCGGCACCUCGGUACCAACAUUGUCCCUCGCACCGAAGUGGUCGCACUGUCGAGCCCGGCGUUCUACUACGAUUGGAUUGACCGGAAGAAGGCGAAGAGGGGUGCGGGGCUGAGGGAGAAGGAGGGGAGCUUUCAGGUGUUCCUCAAGGGCUUCAAGGACGUCUCCGACUUUCUCUACGAUCACCCGUUCCCUAGCCGACCUUCACUUUUCUCGUCACUUUACCCCUACACCUCCAACGUUGUCGAUGCCCCGUCGACGAAUGCACCCGGUCCACUAAUACGGAAGGACCGACGCCGGCGAGGAUGGGUCAUGGCGACCUGUCUCUGGAUGUGCGGGAUGGCGGAGGCGGAGAAGGAGAAUAGUGCGACUGGCGAGCAGAGCGAAGCGGGAGAAGCAGCGGAGGGAGAGCCGAUAGCGCAUGGCGCGAUGACGCUUUCGCGCGAAGUGGACGGUUUUGAGUGGUCCGAGGACAUGGUGGCGAGGUUCCGACACGAGCUUGAGAAGCUCGUCAUACUCGACUUCUUGAUCCGCAAUACCGACCGCGGUCUCGACAACUUCAUGGCCCGCGUCUGCUACGACACGAGCGAAGGCCAUCCUCCACAUCCGCACUUCCACCUCGCCGCAAUUGACAACUCGCUCGCCUUCCCUCACCAACACCCGCUCGGCUGGCGGACUUUCCUGUACGGCUGGCUUAACCUCCCGCUCUCGCUCAUCGGCCAGCCAUGGUCCGCCUCGACUCGCAAGGCGUUCUUGCCGAAGCUGUCGGACCCCGAGUGGUGGCGAGACUUGCGGCGAGAGCUGCGGAGCGAGUUUAAGCGGGACAAGACGUUCAGGGAGGACGUCUGGCAGAGGCAGUGGGCGGUCGUCAAGGGGCAGGGGUGGAAUCUGGUGGAGAGCUUGAAGAGUGAGGAUGAAGGUCCUGUCGAACUCUGCCGACGGCCAAAGAUCCUCGUACGCGAAGAGUUCGCCCUCAUCGUCGUCGAGCCCGCUCCGCCCGCUGCGCCACCGUCUGUACGCCGACAAGACUCAGUCCCUCUCCCGUCCGCCUCGCAGGACGACCUUCGCAUCCCAGUCUCGACAGCCGCCUCGCGCCCUGCACUCUCCACGCGGCGCACCGCCCCGCCAAAAGCCGUCCCGCCAGUCCAGCUCGCGCCCAAGGCGCCUGCUCCUCCGCCUCAAGAACCGCCCGCUCCCCCACCCAAGACCGCUCCAGUACGAGUCGCCCGCCGUCAUCGCCGAACGCAAUCUGACUACGGCGCCACCGACGCUAGCUCAUCACCGUACGGUCCAUCCUCUGCACCUGCACCAAGCGGGUACUGGCUCCGCCGUCCGCUCGACUCGCUCGUCUCGCUUUCAUCCGACUCGCGUCCAAACGGCGAUUCGUGGGCGGACGAGAGCGAGGAAGAGACGGGAGUUGGGUUGAUGCAGCGGUUGGAUCGCGUCGAAGCGGACGAGCGGAAGAGGCUGAGGAAGGCGAGACGGAAGGACAAGGCUGUCCGGGACAUGCUCGACGCGGAAGAGCGAGGCGGGGAGAGGACCAUGAGCGAGGUGCCGCAGCGCUUAUGGCUCGGUAGGAGCUGGUCGUCGUCUGCCGCAGUCGAGCGCAUGACGGACGAGGGAGGACCACCGAUCCGCCGGACCUACUCGGACGAAGCAGGCCCGAGCGAGUCGACACCGCUCCUUCACGAUCCACGAGCCGAUGAGGAGCGCAUGACGCAGAGCUGGUACGGAGGGUACGGAUCGUCGAGGCGGAUCUCGGAGGAUCACGCCGAGGCUGACGAGGAGGAUGAGGCGACGGUCGAAAGGCCGAGGCAGAAGGUGCGGAGGAAGUGGGUCAUCGUCGAGCGCCUUGAGGAGGUCAAGGAACCGGAGCGAUGGGUCUACUGGCCGUGGUAG